UAUCACGAAAACUGGAAGAUUCAAGAAUGUUUAACAUUUUAAAAUGUUAAGUGAUCGCAGCAGGUUUAAGAGCAAAAUCUGAACGGUAGGUGGCGACAAUAACUUUUGAAAAGAAUAUUGGUAGCCUUAACAGAAGAAAAAGACAGGAAGUACAACGUUUUGUUUCGGGAAGCGGUACUUAAUUCGGACUCGCUCGGAUUUGUUUUGGAUUUAUGAAGGGCUGCCGCAAUGGCAGUAAAUUGUAGGGAAAAACUACUUCUUUUAUACCGGCGGUACCAAAGCUAUGUUACGAAGAACCCAGCCUCCACGGCGCAGCUCGAAAGCACUGUCAGGACACUGUCUUACCUAAUCGCCGGGAGGUUUGCUGAUUCCCAUGAACUCUCGGAACUAGUGUACUCAGCCUCCAACCUGCUAGUGCUGUUGAACGAUGGGAUAUUGCGGAAAGAUCUCUGUAGAAGCCUGCCUAUGCAGAAGCUCCUGACGUGGCUCACUGUGCUGGAAUAUGUGGAGGUCUUCACUGAGAUGGGGGCUGCGAAGCUCUGGGGAGAAAGGUGCCGCUGGCUUGUCAUCAUUCUCAUUCAGUUUGCAAAGGCAGUGCUCCGGAUCCUUCUGCUGUUUUGGUACAAAGCUGGAAUCCAGACGUCUCCUCCCAUCAGUCCUCUUGACAGAGAGAUGCAGCUCGACUGCAAAGAAAAUGAAGAUAAAGAUGAAGUCCCGUCUGAGGAGCCAGCUUUCGUUGGGCAGCGCUCUGGAAGGGUCGUGAGGUCACUCAGUAGCAUCCCAUCUUUCCAGUCCAGAAACUGGGGUGCACCUCAGCAUGACAACCCACCCAGGAGGCCAGAGCAAGAACUUCUCCAGCCCCCUACCACUCUCGGACUACAAGAGACCAUUGCAGAGUCUCUGUUCAUUGCACGCCCUCUUGUCCACUUGCUUGGUCUUGGUGUUUGUGGAAGUAGAUCCUGGAAACCGUGGAUCAUUUCUGGGGUCCUUGACAUUACCAAUUUGAGUUUAAUGAAUGACACAAAGAGACUGAACCGACGAGAGCGGGCAGAGAUGAGACGCAGAGCAUUGCUCCUCCUCUAUUACCUGCUGAGAUCUCCCUUCUACGACACAUACUCUCAGACAAGAAUCACGUUUUUGCUGCGUUUAUUGGCUGACUAUGUGCCAGGAGUUGGGCUAGUAGCACGUCCUCUGCUGGAUUACUUACCUGUGUGGCAGAAAGUUUACUUUUACAACUGGGGGUGAAUGGAGAACUGCAGGCAUUGUGAUCCAUUCAAAACCAGCUGUGAGCAGCAGGAGGAGGAAUGGGAGACUCAUUGAAACCUAGCAGUGCCAGUUUCAAAAAAAUUGUCACAAGUUCUGACAUGCAGUGCCAGUUUUUUUGUUUUUUUUUUCUUUCUAAUUUUAAUAAUUUUUUUGGUUUUUUUUGGUAGUGUUGGGCCCUUUUCAUUUUUUGGGUACUUCAUCCUCAUUAUGACCGGGUAUCAUUCAGAAAUACAUUUUAAUAAUCUGUUUCAUUUUCCAACACUGUGUUUCAGAAGUUGCACAUGUAUUAUUUUGAGGUUUCUUAUUGUUUUUAUUAAGAUGACUAAUGUACCCUUUGCUUGAAGGCUAACAAAACAGGGAUUUUUAACAAAUGAACUGUUACGAAAUUAUUGGAGAUGACUCUUCCAAUAACUACUUUAUCUCAUAACAGAAGGACAUUUAAUAAUUAUAAUGAGAUGUACCUAGUGUGUGGCUAUAGGGGUCACCAUUUUAAUAAGAACCAGCAAGAACAUUGUUGAAAUGGGAUGGUUUUUCACUAUGUGAAAACUGUAUAAUUACCUUUGUUAAUAAUAAAUCCUGAAUCCAAAAAAAAAAAGGAAUGUAUUCUAUAAAUGUACAUGCCUGUGGAAAGUGUCUUGGGAGUAUCAAAAAUCACAUGUAAUUCCCUGUAUGUAAAUUAUGAUAUAUCCUGUACAUUUUUUUGACAAGGAAGCUAAUGUGCUUUCCAAAAAAAAAAAAAAAAAAAAAAAAACAGUUUGCCUUUGAUGUUGUGUUGUCAGGUGUGGCUGUAUGAGGUUGAGGGCUGAGAAACAGUUAAAUGUGUUUAAAGUGGGUAAUGUUCCAUUCUACACAGUGCCACCUACAGUAGACUUUAAUAUCCAAGGUUUCAUUCAUUCAUAGCCGUGCUUUUGUCAUUGGCAGCUUGUUUGAUUAUUUUACUGACUUUGAUUUGUUUUGAUUUCAGUUAUUCAAAUAGAGUUAUUUUGACCUUUUGGUAUUACUGUGUGUAUAUAUAUAUAAAAGUUGCCCUUGGGAACAGCUACUUGUAAAGACCUGAACACAGUUCAGACUCCUUCCUGCCAGUCCAUUUCAAUAGGGGAAGAGUCUGUAGAUCUCCCAUUAUUUCCAAUCAUUCUUACUAGUACUGGGUUCUAGUGCUCCAGUUCAGUGGGUCGUUGUCUACUCUCCUAGAGAAACUAUCACCCGAGUGUCUUUGUGUUUCUAGCCCUGGAGCUCCUGAGACAAGGUUUCUCCAACCAGCACAUCUGGAAAAUUCCUAAAGCAUGUGUACUAAACAAUCUUGCUGAUCAGUUAUUAAUGGGUGUUUAUUGUACUUUUUUUAUUGCAGUUAAUGUAAGGGUAUCAACCUACACCAGAUUGCAUACUGUUAUAUGGGCCCCAAACUCUGGGCUUAAAAAGAAAAUUGUCAAACGGCGCAAACAGGCUGGCACAGGUGUCUUAAGUAGUGUUGAGCUUAGCACAUAACAAUCCAUUUGUCCUUAUUAGCCAACUGCAGUUUAUUCAAUACGUUUAGAUAUUGAACCUAAUGCUUGCAGGAGGCAGCUGGUGAACAACACCCACUACAUCAUGAUGCUAUUAAAGGCUGGGAGAGGUGAACAAAAAAGAAUGCUGAAAAACAAGGGAAUCGUUAAAUGCCUUGUGUGAAAUGUCUGACCAGCUGCAGGGUGGGAAAGAGAUAUAAUAGAUAAGAUGCAGUUUACAGUACCUGCCAACUUCAAGAAUGAGAGCCACUUAAAAUCUUAUUUUCUCAGCAGCUGAAAAAGUAAUAGGGUUUGGGGCUUAAAUUAGGCUUUGUCCAGCUGAGCCAAUACGUGAAGUUCUACCAACUAUGAUAGAUUUUU